CCGGUGCGAGUGCGGAAGUAGAUCGCCUGUCUUUCCCACAUGGUGAAAAUGGCUGCUAAUGGGGAAAAACAACAGGGCCACAGAGCCGGCGUAUACAAGCAGAAAAAUAAAGGACACAAACAUGGCAAGCACCGGACGAAAGGUGAAAUUGAGAGAGACAACAAAGGGAGAGUGUCGGUGACAGCUCUCACCAAAAAACAGAGGAAGGAGCAAAAGAAGAUGGACAGAAGGAACAAAGCCAACCAGCUACGCAGGAAUAAGAAAGACAUGGUCCUGACAGAAAAGCGACGUCUGGGCAGCAGGGACGGUCCCCCUCAUUUGGUCGCCGUGGUGUCCCUCCAUGCUGGAGUCGACGCUGGUGCUAUUACCAAACUGCUGCGAGGGGAGGGUGCUGGGGGUGUCGUGCAUCAGGAUCGGUGCAUCAGUGGCAUCAGUGAUAGUUUUGGGCUGAUUCUGCCUCGAUUUAAACAAAGGUUCACCUUUCUAAGCCAGAGCACGGCUGACAUGCACUCCCUGCUGGAUGUGGCUAAGAUUGCAGAUAGCCUUGUAUUCGUGCUGGACUCUACUGAAGGUUGGGACAGCUAUGGAGACUACUGUCUCUCCUGCCUCUUUGCCCAGGGCCUCCCCAGCCAUGCACUUGUGUGUCAGGGUGUGUCUGAUCUUGCUGUGAAGAAGAGGGUUGACUCCAGGAGAGCUCUGUCAAAGAUCACUGAGAUCCGUUUUCCUGAUGCUCGUCUCUUCCCUCUGGAUUCGGAGCAGGAUGCCACUCUACUACUCAGACACCUGGGCACUCAGAGACAGAGAAAGCUCGGCUUCCGCUCCAGACGUUCCCAUCUUUUGGCUCAGCACGUUACUUUUACACCCAACAGCUCCACUGAGGGGACAGGUGGUGGACCCACUGGCCUGGGCACCCUCUGUGUUUCUGGGUAUAUCCGUGGCCGUCCUCUACAGGUUGACAGACUAGUGCACAUCAGUGGACAUGGAGACUUUCAGCUCACUCAGAUUGACGCUCCAGCCGACCCUCUUCCCUUCAACUUAACAACUGCCAGACCAGCGAAGCUUGGCAAGGGAGGAGACGUUGACAUGCACGAUGGAGGUGAAGAUGAGACUCCAGUGCGGGUGCUAAUGAAAGCAGACCCAUCCCGCAGGGAGACUCUACAUGCGGAGGCUGAGGUGGACCCCAUGGAUGGAGAGCAGACGUGGCCAACAGAAUCAGAGCUGCUGGAAGCUGAAGAGGCCAGAAAGAGCAAACGUGUGAUGAAGGUCCCUAAAGGAACAUCAGACUACCAGGCCACGUGGAUUGUUGACGAAGACGAGGGGGUGGAGGAUGGAGAGCUGGAUGAAGAAAGUAGUGAUGAUGAUGAUGACGACAUGUUGGACGAGGCCAUGGAUGGGGAUGAUGAGGAGAUUAACUCUCAGGAGCCAGGUUCAGGCUGUGCCUCAGAUGAAGAGGAAGAAGAGGAGGAAGAGGAAGAGGUGUGCUCCACGGAGCGAACUGGAGCAGAUCAGCGUUAUGAUGAGCACUUGGAUGAAGCUGCAGAAGAAGAAGGCCUAAAACGCUACCGGGAGGCUCGGGCGAAUGAAAUGUUUCCCGAUGAGGUGGACACACCCCUGGACAUGGCAGCUAGAAUCAGGUUCCAGCGCUAUAGAGGUCUAAAAAGUUUCCGCUCCUCCCCCUGGGACCCCAUGGAGAACUUGCCUCUCAACUACUCGCGCAUCUUCCAGUUCCAAAGCUUUGAACGCACUCGCCAUCGCAUCCUGGCUGAGGCCGCAGUUGAGGAAGAGGGAGCCAUGGUGGGCUGGUAUGUUACGUUGCACAUCAUUGAUGUGCCUUUUUCUGUGAUGGAGAGUGUCCAGUCAGGCAGACCUCUGACGUUGGUGUCUCUGUUGCCACAUGAACAGAAGAUGUCAGUAAUGCACCUCCUGGUGAGGAGACACCCCAGCAACACAGAGCCCAUCAAGUCUAAAGAGGAGCUGGUGUUUCACUGUGGAUUUCGGAGGUUCAGGGCCUCUCCUAUCUUCUCUCAGCACACAUCAGCUGACAAGCAUAAGAUGGAGCGCUUCCUCAGGCCAGAUGCCCCCACCGUGGUGUCUGUGUACGCUCCCAUCACCUUCAACCCUGCGGGAGUCCUGCUCUUCAAACAAAGGAAUGAUGGCAUCCAGGACCUUGUGGCUACAGGCAGUCUGCUCAGUUGUGACCCUCAGCGUGUCGUGCUGAAGAGAAUAGUACUGAGCGGACACCCGUUCAAAAUUAACCGGCGUUCUGCGGUGGUCCGUUACAUGUUCUUUAACAGGGAUGACAUUAUGUGGUUCAAGCCAGUGGAGCUGCGAACAAAGUGGGGUCGAAGAGGCCACAUCAAGGAGGCUUUAGGAACACACGGUCACAUGAAGUGUGUAUUUGAUAAUCAGCUGCCCUCUCAAGACACUGUGCUGAUGAAUUUGUACAAGAGAGUGUAUCCUCGCUGGACAUAUGACCCCUACGUGCCCUCGUCUUUACCCUGGGUCAAGAGAGAAGGCAUUGUGGAGAUGGACGACUUGGACAUGGAAUAGUGGAAGGACAACCUGACAAUGCAAUACAGACACAGGACAUUUUCAAAAAGUGUAAUGUGUAUUAAAUAAAACUAUUUUGAUCCAGACUAUA